AUGACGACAUACCCAGCUUCAAGUGAAAUACAACUGCUUUUUCCCCUUUUACCUCAUUUUCUCCUUUCACCCAUAGCACACAGCCGUAACACCUGCCAGGCAAAGAAACCCUCGAGCUCUACUUUUAGGCCCUCCCCCGGCCAGUCUACACCGUCCCACCUUUCUGACACGCAAACACACCAUCAACAGCAAUCACAACCACCACGUCAUGUCCCUCCACGGCUCGCAGGCGCCCGAAGAUCGAAUGGACCACCCCGCCCUAGAGUCGCACGAGCACAUGACGCAAGACGCAAACCCUGUGCAGGCGAUGUCGUCCAUAUCCAUACAUUACGCCGAGGAACAGGGAAUCUGCUACGUACCCCUGGAGUCCUCCAAUAUUUGGGCGUCAAACCAAUCGAUGCCAUUGGGCCGGAGAAGCCGCCGCGUGAGACGACCUGGCGGGAUGCCUCGCGAGAACGGAGCUCUCGACGAUUAAAAUUCUCCCAGUUAAAGCCAGCACGCUCAAAAUGGUCUUAUUCGCGAUACUGUCCCCCAAAGCAUGUGCAAAUGCCGAGCUUGAAAGAAGCGAUAGAAGGCGCCAUGCAAAAUGGCUACAAAAGAGCCUACAGAGAGACUUCUUUCAUAUCAAUUACAGCCCUCAAUAAACUUUUCACACCCGACACCUUGCAACAAAACCUCCGAAAAGACUUCAUCAAGCACCAGCUCCAGUCGGAGAGUCCAAAGCCCAAUCCGCGAAAGCUAAAGCCUCGGAAGCUUGAAAAGUUCGCCAAUACUGUCAAGGAGUCUGCACCAAAACUCUACGCCGUUCUCGUUCUGCUGGACCAGUCAGAGCGGAUAAUACCACUGCUUGGAUGUAAGCCACCAAUUACUGACGCGAUAUUCGACACCUUUGAGAGUAGUUUGGGGCCCUAUUGCCAUCAGACGUACCUCGGUCACUCCGACUACUUCCAUGAUAUUGCAAAGCCUUUCUACGAGAAACAGUGGUGUAUCCCACCCAUUCUUGACGACAAAAGGCAUCAAUCGUUCCCCAGCCCACACUUCCGAUUUCCAUUCACCUGCGAGCCACAGCCUUAUCCUGAACAAGGCAGCUGGGGUGUUGUCUCCAAAGUCACGAUUGCACCAGGUCACCUCAAAGCGACGUACUCAGUGCCUGGAAAUGCAGUUGCUUAUAAAUUCGUCAAGAAGACAGAGCACAUCGGCUGGGAAUCUUUGUUGCGAGAGGUCGACACGCUCCGUGAACGCAGGCAUAAAAACAUCAUUCCUUUGCUGGCCAGCUUCUCGGCAGGUCGCGAAGAGCCGGUGACUGCAAACGAUCCCCAGGAAUGCCUACAUAUGCUUUUCCCACGCGCCGAGGGUGGGGACAUGAAAGCAUGGCUGGACUUGCAAACUACACCAGUUGAACUAAUCGCAGACGACGAGCGACACGCAUAUGUUUACCGAACCAUUCGAGAUAUCGUGUCAGGAGUGAGAUUCAUUCAUCGAGAGGUCGAUGCAUUCAGACCUAUGUUUCAUCACGAUCUAAAGCCAAGCAACAUUCUUCUUUUCUUCGAGAUGGAUCCCUCCGCAAACGUCGCACCGGUAUGGAAAAUAUCCGAUUUCGGCAAUGCUAAACUGAAGGAUAUCCGAAUCGAUCAGGGCACGGGAACCGUCCGAACAGACGAAAACAAGUUCGGCACAUACAUUUACCGGCCGCCGGAAUACUUCAACAACCCGAGCGCAAAGCACGGACGCCCAUUCGAUGUCUACUCCCUUGGAUGCGUUCUACUCGAACUUGCAACUGUCCUCCAAUAUGGAUGGUCUUCUGAUGGACUGCCCAAAUUCAUCACACUACGGCGAGAGAAUACAGAGCACGUCUAUACUGGACCUGAAAAGCCGAAACCCGACCUUUCAUUUCACAACAGCCCAAAUGUCACCGAAGCAUGGAUUGAAGGUCUCAGAGGCCGUGGGACCAGGACCCUCUGCGAGCUUCUAGAUCUGAUAACUUUAAUGCUUCAGAGCGAUGCGGGUCAACGAAUAUUCAUCUGGGAAGUUGAAAUGGAGUUAUACGACCUCAUGAACCCACAUGCAAAAUGGUCGGAACGCGAAGCAAGGCUCAAGGACGUUGUGCAAUAUUCCAGGACGCCUUUGACUCAGUUACACAACCAACACAAUCCUCUGCAAAGAGCCAUCGAGAGGAACAAACCGGGCUGGUGGGAGGCCGUUCUGGGGAAUUACAAGUGGUCCUACAGUCCGCCAGCGAUGACAGAUCAGUUGCGUCGGACAGUGUCACGGGUGAACGUGCAUUACUCAACCUUGGCAGCCUUCCCCUCUUUGAGAGAGUUCAAAAGUCCUAGCGAGCUCAUUGGCCGUCACGAAACACAUGAGAAGAUCGAAGAAACCUUCAAAAAAUCGAACUGUGUUGGACUAUAUGGUAUAAGCGGGAUAGGGAAAUCCCAUUUAGCGUAUCACUUCAUUGCACGCUUCAAAACUACCUCCAAGCUUCACGAAAGAAAGCACACCUUUUGGGUGAACGCAUCCAGUCCGACCAACUUCACGGAAUCCAUGCAAAAGAUUGCCAGUGAAGCGAACAUCAAUGUCUCAGGUACCGUUGAAUUCCUCGCCCCGCUGAAAGAGUGGUUAGCCAACGAACAAAACGGGCCAUGGAUUAUGGUCAUCGAUGGACUCGACAAUGCUAGCCUUGCCGAAGAAGUGGGGAUGAUCUUACCCGAGGAUUGUGGUCAAUUGCUGGUUACGACUAAGACCCGAGACGUACUCACGUCACAUUUCCCUGGCCUCCAACGAGAUUCUUGCAUUCACGUUCGAGACUUGGAAGGCCAGAACCUUCAGAAGAUCUUCAGAGCCUACGCAUGGGAUGCGACCAUUAAGGAGAAUAGCCCGGAGCUGGCCCGUCUCGUGAAAUUCCUCAAGUUGCCGGCUCUCGUGAAGUUCGCUGCAGAGUUCGUCACGGAAACGGGGCAACCGUUGGGGGCAUUGUAUGACAAUCUACAACCUGGCAAAAGCAAGCGCAUUCGCGACCGUAUAUACCGCUUCUUUGACCAAGCUCUGAAGCCCUUUUAUUCAUGUCGGUCGGAACUAUCACAUGAAACUCUCAGGCUUCUUGGAGAGUUAUCAUGCUUGAACAAUGAAGGAUUCGGAGUGGAUCUCAUUGAGAAAGGGUAUCCAGAUUCAGGCCGCCUAUGGGAGAUGCUGGGAAAAUUGCAAAGCUUUUCAUUCAUUGCCAAAGACGAACAAAACCAAUCGAUCGAUCAACAACCGGUCGUCUUCUUCAUGAACACUUUCGCACAGCGAGCUGUGCGCGAGGUGAUGGAGAAACGUAUGGGGCUUGGAUUCAUUAUGCAGCUCCACGGGACUGCCCUGUCCAUGCUUUUCACGCUUUACGACAAAAGAAGACAAGAGAUGGACGAGAGCGAGGCGAGAAGGGUCAGAAGAUGCUCGUAUCUCUGGAAACUACCGCUCAUGCCGCAUUUUGAGCGGUUCUUACAGUUUUCGAGAGAUCAUGGAGCUGAGGAUCACAAGUUCAAGGAGGUCGCUUUCGAAGACCAGGCAGUGAAAUCUGUCAUGACGUUCGCUCAGGUUUACUUGGACGAAGGACGCUAUGACGAUGCGGCGUGGCGCGUACAGCUAGAGCUAGCAAGGUCAGACACCAGGUCAAGAAAGCCAGACGAAGCGUUCGGAAGGCUAAAGAAUUGUUCGCGAGACAUGCAAUUGAUCAUCAAAAACGGCCGUCUGGACAGUUGGGUCAAGCAACGGGGAAAAUUAGACAGAAAAGAGAAGGAGCUGGUGAUUCUUCAACGCAUUGAGGAAGGCAGAGCAUACCUGUCCCGCGCUAAGGUUGCUAAGUCUAGAACGAAGUGCACAAAUCGUCGAAUGCUUCCGUUUAUGUCCGUGUGGAUUCCAUUUUCUGGGCACGGUUGCGCAGACGACAAGGACCUCCGGAGAGCUAAAAUUGCCUUUGACGAGUCGAAAGCAGCAAUCGUGGAAUGGUUUCCCGAUACCGAACAGGAGUGGUUGAUGGAGAUAGACGAGAACACUGCCGAUGUGCUGUACGAAAUGGGCACAUCCAAGGACCUACAAGAAGCAGAAGAGCUCCUAAAGAAACGCAUUGACUGGCUCGAGUCUCACUGUAAGGAUAGGAGCCGUCCGCACGCUUGGAAAGGGUGGUGUGACGUCAAAUGCAAGCUCGCCCGCGUUUGGUCGAAGAGGGGGGUGGAAAAGGGCGAGGAACAUCUUCGGAAAGAAGCGAUCAAUACCUUGGAGGAGAUGCUGGCAAAGUACGAAAAGUUGUUUGGGAAAGGGGAUCUCCAUACGCAGAGGUGUGCACGUUGGCUUGGAGUUGCGCUGAAGGCCGAUGGCAAGUAUGCCAAGAUGGAAGAUUUGGAAAAGAGAAUGAGUCAACGAGGCACAAAGCGACGCCGUCGGUCGCCUCCGCGAAAGCAGGCCCAUUCAAAGCCGACACGUGCCGGGUGCAAAAUGUUAGUAUAA